AAAGGUUUCAAGAAAUCCUGCCUAAGUCAGAAUUGAGCGUCAAGACAAUUCGACUGAGUGAGAAUUGGUUUGUUCAUGAUUUCUCGGACUUCAGUGAUCCUGAACGAAAGUUAAGUUAUGCACGAGAAAUGUUUCAUUCGAACAGUGAUGAAGAAAUAUAUGGAAGAUAUGUUGUUGUAAGUAUAUGUGCGAUUUAG